AUGAGUGCGCGGGCCGCAACAACCGUCACUCGGACGAAAAAACAAAAUCAUGCCAACAUCCCCUGCCCAAUAGAGAACUGCGCAAGAUUCACGUACGGCAAACUUCCCGACCACUUAACGAAAAUACACGGCUUGACCGGUGCAGAAAGGGAUGCUUUGAACGAACAACAGAGGAAACGAUUCUUCAACGGAGAAUUGUGUCAAGUAAAAUUUCUGAAAGAAACAGCGAUCAAAGACCUCUGGGGCUCAGAUUAUGAUGAUCCUCGAAUUCGAGCGAAGAUACAUCAAAGCUAUGCUCUUGUCAAGAUUCGUAUCAUACCCAUAGCUGCAACACAACGAGCUAGACCACUCACAGAACAAGACGCAAAUGUCCUAACUGCGUACAAUGCUAGAACGGCACCAAGACCAGCAAGAGUUCAGAGACAAAAGCAAAGACCAAGACCUUAUCCCGUACCUCAAACCCCAACAGAAUGCAGAGUUUCAAGCGAGUCCAGCGAAGGAGAAGAAAAUACUCGCAGUAAUCCUCUGCCACCAUCUCCACCACCGUCUUCACCUUCAUUACCUCCAUCGCCUGCUCCAUAUGAUCUUCAACCAGUUGAAACUCGACUGCGAGACAUAUUCGAUUCAAAAAUCGACGCUGGUUACAAAGCUGUCAUCGAUGAUAUGAAGAAGUCAAUGACUAAUGGUCGGACACUUGGUCCAAGGAAACGAAAAGCUUACCGCACCUAUCGACGGUAUGCUAAAAGACUUAUUGCGUACUUGCACAGACAGCAUUCUCCUUUAGCUUAUGACGUUGACGUUCUCCUAUGUGGAGAAAGACAAGUCUGCGAGUUCCUAGAAAGAAUUAGAAGUGAGCAUAAGACAAAAACCCUGAGAAGCUAUAUCGUUGCUGCAAUAAAACUGCUUGAUUCUCGAUUGUUUGCAAUAGAAACUGAUCCAUCUUGCAAAGAGAAGGUUGCUUCGAUGACCAGGGUGUAUGAAGUGCUACAUGGUCGGUUAACUGAUUGCGAUCGAUUGUUGGCUCAAAAGGAAUCCAGUCAGAAUAAAACAAUGACGUUUGGUAGUAACGUAUUGGAACAAAGUUUUGAUAGUGAUGAUGAUUUAGUUUAAAAAAGUCCUUUGGAGCUCUGGCCUUGUACUCUCGUUCUUCGUCAACAUCCGUCCGAAACAAUUACUGUCAAAUAAAUAAUACUCGAGUAAAUUAAAAGACGAAUUAUGCGAAUGAAGCUACAUACUUGACAUUUGUGUUUAAAUUGUGUCGAAUAUUUCUUAUUUGCCAUUUA